ACUGGGUACACCCGAAGAAGGCGGGGCGUACGUAGUAGGUAACUGUAGGCGGUACAGUUGUGUGUUGAUAUAUAACAUAUGGUAAUUCACAAAAUAAUAUCGGUCAACCUUGGUAGCUCUUUAGCUAGCUACGUUUUAUGACUAUUUUAAGAUGUCAGCGGCGAGUCAAGCAGAAAGAGCCGUCUUGGAAGAAGAAUUCAAAUGGCUUUUGAAAGAGGAAGUCCAUGCUGUCCUGAAGCAGCUGAAAGAUAUAUUGAAGGAGGCAUCACGCCGCUUUUCAAUGCCAGCAGGGGGUCUGGAAAGCCAACUUAAACAAGAAAAUUUCAUUCUGGGUAGCUCAACCAUGGACCAAGUGAAAGGAGUGCUGACAUUACAAGGGGAAGCUCUAACCCAGGCUGAUAUCAAUUUAAAGAUGGCCAAAAGUAAUCAAGUGAUGCACUUUGCAUUUCGUGAUGACAAGCAAUGGAAAAUGCAGCAGAUUCAGGAUGCCAGGAACCAUGUGAGCCAGGCUCUUCAGCUGCUGAAUAGCCGUGAUGAGAGUUACCACUUUAAAACGGGGGCAGAAGUUAACAAGCUAAUGGAUGCAGUGAUGAUGCAGCUAACACGGGCUCGUAAUCGUCUUACAACCCCAGCCACUAUGACACUGCCCGAGCUGGCCUCCAGUGGCCUCAUGAAAAUGUUCACGCCCCCAAUGCCAGGAGAUCUGAUGGUGAAUUUCUACAUCAACCUCAGCAAGCUGUGUCUGACAGUCUAUCAACUGCAUGUCCUGCAGCCCAACACUACCAAGAAUUUUAAGCCUGCUGGAAGUUCAGUUUUGCAUAAUCCUGGAUCAAUGUUUGAAAUCAACAACAUAAAGUUUGAAGUCAGUCACGUGCACAAAGUGGAGUGUGUCGUCCCCUGGCUCAACGACACCUUGGUUUUUUUUACCAUCUCCCUGCAGCUCUGCCAGCAGCUGAAAGAUAAGAUUUCUGUGUUUUCCAGUUACUGGAACUAUGGACCAUUCUAGUCCAGGCCUUUUGAGCUGUUUCCGGCUGGUCACAGCCAUCAUGUGUACUUCCUGUCAAUAUGAAAGCUGAUGUGAUGUCUAUCAGGGACCAUAAGGCCUACGAUGUAUAGACUUUGUGGAUGCUUACCACUGUCUUUAUUGUGGUAUGAUGUAUUUGCCUAGAAAAGGUUAGAACAUGUCUGUGAAAGCCCACUGUCUGUGUCUUGCAUAUUUGUGCUGUUCAGUGUACUGUUUCAGUAUUUUGUAUUAUUGCUUGUGGUUCUGUAUUUUGUAGGUUAAUUCAUUAUCUAAAUAACUACUCAUAUUAGAAAAGGGACCCUACAAUAUAAACACUUGUACAUUUGCAUAUUUAAUUUAUUUUCACACUAAGCUUAAUCUCUACAUAAAUCAGACAUUUAAAUUUACUGUAAUUCUGUGUAAUGACAUGAGCAGUACAAUUGCCACUGUAAAACAGAAGUUGUACCAUUUUUAAGUGUAGAUGGUGUAGAAGGAUGUAGAUGGCAAUUGAUUUGUAAUUGUGUUUUUUUUAAAGUACUUAAUCAGUUAUAUUUAUUUAUUUAUGAAAUGCAAUGAUUUGCUAUGCAUUUACUGGAUUAUGCACUUUUGUGUUACCCUCACCCAAUUCCCUGUUGACUGAAUCUUACUUUAUUACAAUGUUACCUAAUGAGGGUUAGAGUAUGCCAUUGUAAUGCAUUACAAUGCAUGUGGACCAAAUUCCUUGUGCAAUAAAUAAGUAUAACAAAUUGCGUGGACACAAUUAUUCAAGAUUUUAUUCAAGUUGUUCAAGGAAUGUGCUCUGUAAUGUAAGUACUAAACUUUCUUUCUGUAAAGUGAAAUGAAGGUAUUUUGCAGUCACGUCUAGAACGGACGAAUAAAGGUUUGAAAAGAUUCAACAUACCA